AUGGAUUGGCUCCCUCACCGAACGGCUGCUUUUCUGUUCCUUUUGUUGGUACUCUUGGAUUUCAGCACAGGAUUUCAUGUAGAGGUAAAAGAAUGGGAUGAAAAUGGAAUGGCAAGAUGGAAAACCUUUAGAAGACAAAAACGUGAGUGGAUCAAAUUUGCUGCAGCUUGUAGAGAAGGAGAAGAUAAUUCCAAGAGGAAUCCAAUUGCCAGAAUCCGAUCUGAUUGUGAAGAAGACAAUCCAAUCACAUACAGCAUCUCUGGAGUUGGAAUUGAUCGUGCACCCUAUGGAAUAUUUGUUGUUAACCCAAGAACAGGAGAAAUUAAUAUAACAUCAAUAGUGGAUAGGGAAAUAACACCAGUAUUUGUUAUACGUUGUUUUGCUAAACACUCAGUGACCGGUAUAGAUCUGGAACCACCUCUUGAACUUCGAGUCAGAGUCCUGGAUAUAAAUGAUAACCCUCCUGUAUUUGCACAAACUGUAUUUACAGGAUCUAUUGAAGAGAGCAGCAUGGACAACACACUGGUGAUGAAAAUCAUUGCAACUGAUGCAGAUGAACCUAACCACUUGAAUUCUAAAAUUGCCUUCAAAAUAGAGAGUCAGGAACCUUCUGGUCCACCUAUGUUCAUUAUGAAUAAAUACACAGGAGAACUCCAUCUUGCAAAUUAUCUUGACAGAGAGCAACAUAGUAGCUACACUCUGGUUGUGAAGGCAUCAGACCGGGAUGGGGCUGCAGAUGGAAUAUCAUCCCUUUGUAGAUGUAAUGUGAAAGUUAUCGAUGUUAAUGACAACUUUCCAACUCUUGCCCAAAGCUCUUUUUCAGCAAGUAUUUCAGAAAAUUCACUCAGUUCAGAACUGCUACGAAUACAAGCUCUGGAUGCUGAUGAAGAGUUUACAGACAAUUGGUUAGCAGAGUUUUUCUUUAUAUCUGGUAAUGAAGAUAACUGUUUUGAAAUUGUUACAGAUCGAGCUACAAAUCAAGGAAUCCUUAGAGUAAUUAAGGAGCUGGAUUUUGAACAUAUACGAACUCACUCACUGAUGAUUGGCGUCAGGAAUGUAGCUGCAUUCCACCACUCUGUUGCACAUGAGUACCAAAUAUUUGGGACACCCCUCACAGUAGAAGUAAAAAAUUUGAUUGAACCACCAAGAUUUCAUCCAUCUUCAGUUGUGUUUUCCCUGGCAGAAGGCGCAAGAGUGAAUUACGUUGUAGGAACAUACACAGCCAUGGAUGAGGACACUAGAACCAUUGCAACAAAUGUUGUAUAUAGUAUAGGUCGUGAUCCAGCUGCCUGGUUCAGAAUCAAUCAAAACACCGGUGAAAUCACAUUGAACAAAGUAAUUAACCGGGAUUCAGUCUAUGUAGUCAAUGGGCAGUACCAAGCAGAGGUUCUGGCUAUCACCAGAGGGGUUCCUCGAUAUACUGCCACUGGCACCAUUGUGCUUUCAAUAGAUGGCAUCAAUGCCAAUUGCCCAACUAUUAAUACUGAAAUGAGGAAAGUAUGUAUGAAUUCCCCAUCGGUGAUUAUCUCAGCAAAGCAUAGGGAUGGUGAUCUCUAUGCUACCCCCUUCACAUUCAGCAUACAUGGUGAACCUCAGACUACAUGGAUUAUCAGACGAAUAAAUGAUUCCUCUGCAGAACUAGUGGGCCAGAACAUAGACUUUUACCUUUAUAGGAUCUAUGUGGUUGUAAGAGAUAGCCAAGGCCGGCGCUGUGCUCGACCACACAUAAUUCCUGUGCAAGCUUGCCAGUGUGAUAGUCGGAACUACUGCACCAGUGGGGCCACAAGAAUAAUUAUCAUUGGUGGUGGUGGUGGCUCUGGAGGUGGCGCUGGUGGUGGUGGCGCUGGUGGUGGUGGCGGCACUUCUGGUGGUGGUGGUGGUGGCACCGGUGGAGGAGGCCGGGAAGACGGAGGAGGACAACAAGGUGGUGGUGAUUAUGGUGGUGGUGAUUAUGGCCAGACUAGACCUGGAGAAGACUUUCAGGAUCACACAGACUGGCAGGGUUACACUGAUGGCUACGAUGGACGUGAAGAUGGAUAUACUGCCUCCACUGAUGACAGUUACGGUGGAAAUGACAAUUAUGGCAGGCAAUUAGACUCAAAUACCACACUUAGCGGUGCUGCCAUUGGCCUGAUGUUCCUCGGUGGAUUAAUAUUUGUUUUGAUUCCAAUUUUGAUGUCAAUGAGCGACUGUUGUGGCUGUGGACCUGGUGCUGCAGGUGGAGUUGGAACUGGAUUUGAACCGGUACCUGAAUGUACAGAAGGGGCAAUUCAUCCAUGGGGAAUAGAAGGUGCCCAGCCUGAAGACAGGGAUGUCUCACACAUUCUUGCCCCAACAACCGCUGCAGGAGGUGAUUUUGGUGAACCUUCUGACAUAUAUAAUAACACAUAUGGAGGAGGAGGAGUAGUAGCCUCUGGUGUUGAAGAAACUACCGGUGUUGGCUAUGGCACUGGUACCGGCUAUGGAACAGCUGGAGGAAUUUCUGGAACAGGGGAAGCAAAAGGGUCAAUUGGAGGAACAAUCAAAGAGUAUCGAGAAGGAGGAGUGAACAUGGCCUUCCUAGACAACUAUUUCUCUGAGAAAGCAUUUGUGUAUGCAGACGAAGAUGAAGGUCGGCCGGCAAAUGACUGCCUAUUAAUUUAUGAUCAUGAAGGAGUCGGUACUCCUGUUGGCUCCGUGGGUUGCUGCAGCUUUAUUGGAGAAGAUACAGAUGAAACAUACUUGGAUACAUUAGGACCAAAAUUUAAGACCCUAGCAGAGAUCUGUCUGGGCAAAGAGAUCGAACCUUUCCCUGAUGCUAACCCACCCUGGCCAGGCGUCAACAUUCCCUUCCCCAGUCCUGAAAGUGAUCUAAACCUCCCACCACCUGGCACCACCAUCGUUGUCAAUGGAAGUGCACCUAUGCCUGCCGCCGCUGGCACCACAACGGUUGUUACUGAAAACACCUACACAUCUGGGACAACCAUACAGCCCCCAAGGCCAAUGCCGGAUCCCUUGCUCCACGGCAACAUGACGGUGACCGAGACCUACACCUCCAGCGCGCCUUCUCUUUGCGUUGACCCUCUGCGUGCAUCCAACGUCGUUGUGACAGAGAGGGUUGUCGGGCCCGCGUCUGCCUCUGAUUUGCGCGGCAUGCUAGAUAUCCCUGAUCUCACAGAGGGCUCCAACGUUAUCGUCACGGAAAGAGUAAUUGCGCCUAACUCCCGACUCCCAGCAUCUCUGAGCAUUCCUGAUUUGGUAGAUGGGUCAAAUGUGGUAGUGACAGAAAGGGUAUUCAGGCCUGCCUCCGGUAUGCCAGGCAGCCUAAUAAAUAUUCCUUCUGAGUUAUCCAACACCCACAACGUGGUGGUCACAGAGAGAGUAGUGUCAGGAGCUGGGAUGAGCAGCCUGGGAGCAACAAGCCUGGGAGGAGCAAACAUGGGGAGCCUGAGCAGCACAGGUCAGAUGCUCAGUGCCGAAUGUCAUCUUGGUCAGGGAAUGGGCACGGCAUCUCCUGGCACCUCCCGGAGACGAAUGACAAAGUACAGCACCAUGCAGUACUCCAGUCAGUAAAGCCUCUGCUGGCACCCCUUCCUGCUGAAAUUGCCAUUUGCACUGACACUCAUUAGCUGCCACACAUCAAGAAUAUUGUUAUUAUUUAUAACUAAGAAAAUAGCGCUAAAAUUUCAGGGAUUCCUAUUUGUGUGAGGAUCUCUGACAGGUGCCCCAUUUUGAGGUCAAAUGCACUUUGUCAGUGAAGGGAAAAUAGCAUUAGCUUUAAAUUUUUUUCUUUCUCCCUACCUAGCACUGCAACUGCAUAAAGAGACUAGUAUUUUUUGAGAGAUAUCUGAUUACUGAGGAGAGCAGUGAGAGGGGAUCCUUGCAUGCACACAGUAUGAAUUAAUGUCAUAGAAAAGCAUGUUAAAAUCACCAAUCACAGCUGAGUGAUCUCUCACAAUAAGCAGAUUUGGGUUAACAGGCCCUUACUGACAAGAGAGGAAAAGAAUGUCGUUAAAAAUUAGUCAACUCAAGACUAAAUAAGCACUUUCAAAUGCAUCAUUUUACUUCACAUGUAAUUCAAGAAGCGCUACAAAAUGGCACUUUCAACUAUUUCUCCCAUCACCAACAAUAGUUAUAAAUAAUAAUUAUAUAAACAUAAUACACUUUUCUUGCUUUCUGAAGUUCUCAUUAAACAAACGCCCUGACACAGCCUGACAUGCUGUUCCUGUCAUGGUGAGAACAAUUUGUCACAGCUGGUGCUGCCACAUUGACACUAUCA